AUGAGCAAUAAACAAUCAAAGAAAAAUGAAAAUAAAAAGAAACAACUACAAGAAACAAAACAGAAACAGAAAUCAUCAUUCUUCUCUUUUGGAAAAAUAGUAUUUUUAUCAACAAUAGUAACAGGUGCAGCGUCAUAUUAUCUUUACAAAGCCUUAACAACUCCACCUGAACUACCAAAGUUUGAUCUGAAUGCAUACUGGGGACCCUAUCCUAUGAAAAUAAAUCCAGAUUUAUCUAUAAGACCUUACAAAGUUGAAUUUUCAGAUGUCAUGAUCAAUGAUCUUAAGGAGAGACUUCUUCACAGAAGGCCUUUCCCGCCACCUCUAGAAGAAGCUGGCUUUACUUACGGUUUUAAUACACAUUUCAUAACCAGAGUCUUAGACUACUGGCAGAAUAAGUAUAACUUCAAGGAAAGGGAAGAGUUUUUCAACCAGUAUAACCAUUUCAUGACAAAUAUACAAGGAUUAGACAUACAUUAUAUGCAUGUUAAGCCAGAUAAUCUUCUGCCAGAUGUUGAAGUAGUACCAUUACUGUUAAUACACGGGUGGCCAGGGUCUAUCAGAGAGUUCUACGAAAUUAUACCAAAGCUGACCAAACCAAGAGUUGGACACAAGUUUGUUUUUGAGAUCAUUGCUCCUAGCCUGCCUGGAUAUGGAUUUUCACAGGCACCCGCUCGCCCAGGUUUAGGCCCAAUGGAAAUAGCGGUAGUUAUAUCAAACUUAAUGAAAAGAAUCGGUCACGAUAAAUAUUACAUCCAAGGAGGUGAUUGUGGACAUUACAUAGGAUCUAUUAUGUCUACCUUGUUUCCAGAAAGAGUGCUCGGUUUUCAUACGAACUUGCCUGUGUUGUUUUUCCACCCAUUGGCUCAUAUUUACACAUUGCUAGGUAGUUUUUGGCCAAAGCUAAUAGUUGAGCCAGAGUUAGAGAGCCGCAUGUAUCCAUUAAGUGAGAAAAUGUCCUGGCUGAUACAAGAGUCAGGUUAUUUGCAUUUACAAGCAAGCAAACCUGAUACCAUUGGUAUUGCCCUAACCGACUCGCCAGCAGGUCUAGCAGCUUACAUAUUAGAAAAAUUUUCAACUUUGACAAAUCCUUCGUACAUAAAGGCUGGCGAUGGUAACUUAUUGGCAAAACAUAGCUUAACAAACUUACUAGACAAUAUCAUGGUGUACUGGUCUACAAACAGCAUGACAACUGCAAUGAGGUUGUAUGCCGAGAGUUUUAACAAACGAACUUUGAGUACUAGGCUUGAUGAAAUACCCACUGAAGUACCAACAUGGGGUAUUAAAUUCAAAUACGAACUGGCGUUUCAGCCAGAUUGUAUUUUGAAGUUGAAAUUCAAGAAUUAUUUACACAGUACUAUGGUGGAGGAUGGUGGACAUUUUGCCACUAUGGAAAAUCCUGAAAUAAUGGCAAAUGAUAUAUUUGAAGCUGUGAAUACAUUCAGACAAUUUCAUAAUGUUACCAGUCCUCAAGAAAAAGUCGAAAGCAAUGAUAAAAAACUUGAAAAUGUAUACGACUUUACUGUUAAAGACAUAUAUGGAAGAGAUGUCAAACUUGAAAAAUACAGGGGAUAUGUACUCCUUAUAGUCAAUGUAGCCUCCCAAUGCGGACUCACAGACACAAAUUAUGACCAGUUAAACGAAUUAUACGAGAAAUACGCUAAAGGCAGAGAUUUCAAAAUACUUGCCUUCCCUUGUAAUCAAUUUGGAGGCCAAGAGCCAGGGUCAUCGAAAGAUAUCUUGGAAUUUAUACAAGAGAGAGGCGUCAAAUUUGAUGUCUUCGAGAAAAUCGAAGUAAACGGAGAAAAUACACAUCCUUUAUGGAACUUUUUGAAAAAAACCCAAAGCGGUACAUUCGGUGAUUUCAUUAAAUGGAACUUUUCAAAGUUUAUCGUCGACAAAAACGGUGUUCCAGUGGAACGGUUCGGACCAAAUGUAAAUCCAUUGGAUUUGGAACCCUAUUUGGCUAAAUAUUGGUAAUAUAAAUUGUCUGUAUGUAAGAAUGGACCAAUUAACUUGUAUGAUGAAAUUUAUUAUUGAACUUGUUUAAUAUUUUUAAGCUAAAAUAUUCUCUGAUGCACUUAAGUAUCUUAUAAGCUUUUAAUUUAUACGUAAGAAUAAAAGCAAUUUGUUACAUUAAAAAUGUGAUCUUUUAUACUAUGUGAAGUAUGAAUAUGAUAAAUUAUAUUUUUUUAUAUUUAUUAAUAAAUUGAUUUUAUUUACCUAAAAA